AUGAUUCAGGAAGAUUCCAAGUCCCAUAAAAAAACCUCCCAGCAGAAUUCCAAUUAUCCACAAAUCUUCUACAGCUCCCACGUUCAGAACAUCCAAGCAGACCGCUCGCCAAUUCUCCCAAGAAUCGCGAGCGUAGCCCGCAGCAAACCAACUGUUAAUACCCCUGUGUGUGUGUGUGCGUGUGUGUGUGUGUUUGUGUGUGUCAGCAGCAUCAUUGUGAACAAAAUGGACAGGAACCAAGACGGGUUUAUCUCCGAAGAGGAGCUGAAGGAUUGGAUCAAAUCCGUUCAGAAGAAACACAUUUCCGACAGCGUGGAGCAUCAGUGGAAAGACUUUGAUCUGAACGGGGACGGUGUGAUCAGCUGGGACGAGUACAAGAACGUCACAUACGGGAGCUACCUGGAAGACCCUCAGACGGACACAGAAUAUAACUACGAUCAGAUGAUGUUGAGGGACGAGAGACGCUUCCGAGUCGCAGACACCAACGGAGACCUGAUGGCAGACAAGCAGGAGUUCUCAGCUUUCCUUCAUCCCGAAGACCACCAGCACAUGAAGGACAUCGUGGUGCAGGAAACAAUGGAAGACAUUGACAAGAACGGAGACGGUUUCAUUGACCUGAAGGAGUACAUCGGCGACAUGUACACGUCAGAUGGAGAAGGAGAAGAACCAGAGUGGGUCGCCACCGAGCGCCAGCAGUUCUCUGAGUUCAGAGACAAAAACAACGACGGGAAGAUGGACAAAGAAGAAACUCUGGACUGGAUUCUUCCUUCUGACUACGACCACGCUGAAGCCGAGGCCAAGCACCUGAUGCAUGAGGCUGACGCCAACCAGGAUGGAAAACUCACCAAAAAGGAAAUUCUGAACAAAUAUGACACGUUUGUUGGGAGUCAGGUGACGAACUUUGGGGAGGCUUUACUACGACAUGACGAGUUCUAACAUGACAUUUCAUUGUUUUUAGAGAGUAUUUAACUUGGGGGGGCUUUACUACGACAUGAUGAGUUCUAACAUGACAUUUCAUUGUUUUUAGGGAGUGUUUAACAUGGGGGGGCUUUACUACAACAUGACGAGUUCUAACAUGACAUUUCAUUGUUGAAUUGAUUGAU